CCCCCUCAGUGUUGGUUUUCGUUUGACAGCCUGUGGAGUUUCUCGGGAGUCUCCUGAACUGUGACGGGUUUAGUCUGGAUAUUCGUGCGUUUGAGGCGUCAUUUCAACCGAUCUCUCAGGAUUUUUCUGUUCUGAUAAUGGAAUAAGAAGUCAUCAUGGUGGUGAAUUCAGUGCACUGGUUUCGCAAAGGGCUGCGUUUGCAUGAUAAUCCGGCGUUGCAGGAGGCCCUGAACGGAGCGGACACGGUGCGCUGUGUUUAUAUCCUGGACCCGUGGUUCGCUGGUGCCGCUAACGUGGGAAUCAACCGAUGGAGAUUUCUGCUGGAGGCUCUGGAGGACCUGGACAACAGUCUGAGGAAACUCAACUCCAGAUUGUUUGUAGUCAGAGGACAACCUACCGAUGUUUUCCCGAGGCUUUUAAAGGAGUGGAAAGUGACCAGGCUGACAUUUGAAUAUGACCCCGAGCCUUAUGGGAAGGAGAGGGAUGGAGCCAUCAUCAAAAUGGCUCAGGAGUUUGGCGUGGAGACCCUCGUCAGAAACUCACACACCCUCUACAACCUGGACAGGAUAAUAGAGAUGAACAACAACAGUCCUCCUCUGACCUUUAAGCGCUUUCAGACCAUUGUUAACAGACUGGAGUUACCCAGGAGACCUCUGCCUCCCAUCAGCCAGCAGCAGAUGGACAAAUGUCACGCUAAGAUAGCUGACAACCACGACCAGCUGUAUGGUAUACCUUCACUGGAAGAACUAGGUUUCAGGACGGUGGGUUUAUCUCCAGCUAUCUGGCAUGGAGGAGAGUCUGAGGCCUUAGACAGACUCAACAAACAUCUGGACAAAAAGGUGUGGGUGGCCAAUUUUGAGCACCCUCGGGUGAACAUGUGUACUCUAUAUGCCAGUCCCACUGGCCUCAGCCCCUUCCUGCGCUUCGGCUGUCUGUCCUGCAGGGUUUUGUACUACAACCUCCGAGAACUCUACAUGAAGCUGCGGAAGCGUUCCAGUCCUCCUCUGUCGCUGUUCGGCCAGUUGUUAUGGAGAGAGUUCUUCUACACAGCUGCCACAAACAAUCCCAACUUUGACCGCAUGGAUGGAAACCCCAUCUGUGUACAGAUCCCUUGGGACCAGAACCCAGAGGCGCUGGCCAAGUGGGCUGAGGGCCGGACAGGUUUUCCCUGGAUUGACGCCAUCAUGACUCAGCUAAGACAAGAGGGCUGGAUCCACCACUUGGCCCGACAUGCUGUGGCCUGUUUCCUCACCAGGGGCGACCUGUGGAUCAGCUGGGAGAGCGGCAUGAAGGUGUUUGAGGAGCUGCUGCUUGAUGCAGACUGGAGUGUAAACGCUGGCAGCUGGAUGUGGCUGUCCUGCAGUGCCUUCUUCCAGCAGUUCUUCCACUGCUACUGUCCUGUCGGCUUUGGGAGGAGAACAGACCCAUCAGGGGAUUUCAUCAGGCAUUACAUCCCCAUCUUGAAGGACUACCCAAACCGGUACAUCUAUGAGCCGUGGAACGCCCCCGAUUCUGUGCAGAAGGCGGCAAACUGUGUGGUGGGAGUGCAUUAUCCCAAACCUAUGAUCAACCACGCAGAGUGCAGCAGGCUCAACAUCGAGAGAAUGAAACAAGUUUACCAGCAACUUUCCCAUUACAGAGGGCUCAGUCUACUAGCAUCAGUCCCAACAAUCCAAGAAGAGGCAGAGCCACCAAUGACUGACGAGUCACAGACCAGCAGUGGCCCUGACUCUCCACCCAGAAGUCCUGCAGGCGCUGAAGCGGCCGGCUGCUCUACAGCUCCAGACUCCUCCACAGUCGCCUACGUCCCAAAUGAAGACCUGGAAGAUUUCGAGAACCAGACUCCUUGCACCUCCUCGACCACGUAUCCUUCCGCAGCCAUAACGUCGACAUCGACAUCUGCCUGCCUCCCUCCUUCCACUGCUACGCCUCCCUCCCCAGCUCAGAGUCCUCUAUCCUGGUCCAAACCCUCCACCCCUUCCUCCUCAUGUCCCUCAUUACCCCCACCCCCCAGCCCAGCGACUACCCCAACUCAGACUUCGAGGAAAGACCUCAGCCGAAGAGUCCGGCGCAGCCAGAGGCAACGAGGGCGACUGUUCUGCACAGCAGCAGCAGCAGCAGCAAGGGAGGAAGAGAGGAGGUCAGAGGAGGAGAGAGAGGAUGCGUGGGGGGAGGAGAAAAUGGAGGAGGGCGUCGAGCAGGAGGAGGAGAGAAUGGAGGAUGAGACAUGUGGAGAGACAAGAGGACAUCAGCAGUGAUACAAGGUGAGGUUGAAGAAACGUCCAUUUCCAAAUAACUGGACUCGCAAACAGAAACAAGAAACAGGUUUCUGGAUACCUGGACGUCAUAAAUAUAUAUAUUUAUAUAUAUAGAUAUAUAUAAGCAGCAUGUAUACGACACAAGAGGAAACCGUACAAAAACAUUUCACAUAUAUUUAUACAGUCGUCAAAUAAAUUAUAGAACGACUGUAAAUGAUGAAAACCGAUGCUUUUGUGAGGAAACAGAGACAGUCAUUUUCCUCCAAAGUAUUUGGAAUGAGCAAUCUUCUCUUGUACAUUUCCACCCUGCAGUUCUUACACAUUGAACCUGUGCAUCAUAGCGUUAGCAGCAGCACCUCCUCUUGCUUGUCUUCGUUCUCUCCUCAGAGAUAAGGUGGUGCAGGAAUGUCAGCCGUCCAAACACACCGCCCUGUCUCUACCCCACCCUCUCUUUAGGCUCCGCUGGUUAGUGUACAAAUGAAACUCCAGGUCAUUAAAUAGAGCUGCAUAUUUUGACCAUUUGCAGUAAUUGUUUUAUUAAAAAUAAUGAGAUUUAAAUAAGUUGUGGAUGACGCGUGCUACUAAAAGGACGACAGUAACACUUCUACAGCUAAAGACUGAUCAACUGACCUCACUUUUACAUUGGAAGCCCCUUCAAUGUACUGGUGUGUACAUACCUGGCCUGCUUUAUGGACCCCUCUUUCUACUCUUAUUGGAAAACUGUGAUGAUUUGUUAUUUAAAAAAAACACUUCUGUGCAAGGGAUAAAGCAGGUCUUUGUGUCCAUGUGGCCCUGAUGAUAUGGAACCACAUGAAAAUAAAACACUAAAAAAAAAACUAAAAAAAACAUGAUUUAAAUUCUACAUUUUAAUAUGUCAAUGAAUGUUUUGGUAAAGAUCUGAUAUUUUUGCUAGCAGAAAUAAAGAUGUUAAUUAGUGAAAGGAAAAAAAAACAUUUUUAUAUUCUGACUCAUAAAUCCCUUUUCUGUUUUGGAGCGUCACUACGAGAGUAUAGCAAAUUGCUAUUGGUUGACACAUUGUACAUAAAAAAGGUAAGGUGAGACCUUCUGUGUGACCAGCUUUAAUAAAACAAAACACAAAUGUUUUUGCAUUUGCCAUAGUUUGCACUGGCAAUUGGAAAGACGGCUUGUGUGAAAUGAAUGUAGAGAAAAGAAGUAGCGUGUUGUUCUCACCAUAUAUUUAUCAGUUUGUAUAUAAAAUAUGUAAAAUCUGUCUGUUUUUACUAACGGUCUAAUGGAGGAGGUUUCACAAAGGCUCAUGUUGUUUCUGCCCUGAUGUGUUGUACCAGAAGCAUCCACUAGAGGGUGGUAGUUAUUGCAAAUUUGGCACGUGGCAGUGAAGGGUUAAGUGUACUGUAAAAAUCCAAAACUGCAGGUUUUAUUUUUUAUUUUUUGUGAAAAUGAAUUUGAGUGCUUAAUUUCUUUAAAGCCCCCCCCCCCCCAUACAAAAGUGUCUUCUAUACACUGCACAUAAUAACUUUGGUUUUUUUGAAGAAAAAAACCUACCCUACCAACCAAACGUGAGAGGACUAAAAUAACCACACAUUUUUUUUAUUUUUUUUUUUUAAUCUUUGAGAGGAUUUUCUAAUGAAUCAGAGUUGUUUUUUUUAUAUAUAUAAAAAUGACAAUCAGUGUUUCAUCCUCACUGUUUUUUUGGUUUUUUUUGACUGGUCUCUAACCCUGUGCAGAAUAAGCAAGCCAUAAAGUAGCAGUUGAACUUUGUGAAACCCCCUCAAUAUUGAAUAUUGCCUGGAUGGGUCAAUGCUUUCCCAAAGAGGGAUCAAAGAAUGUGGAGAGACAAACUCAGCCUAUGCAGGUGUUGUACUGUUGCUGUUAAAGACAAGUUGGCACUGUGAGCUGUUUGAAUCCUGACGACUUAAAUUUUUUACAAAUUUUACAAAUCAGCAAGUUCAGCCUGCCUGGCUCUCAACUAGCUUAACCACAUGUAAUAAAACAAAAACCUCACACUUCCCAAUUACCCAGAAUGCAACACAAGCCCUGAUCUUGUGUUUAGCUGCACAUUCCGACUAACAACAGUACGACACUCAGCGGGGCCAGAGGUCUGUCUGAGAACUGUGGGCUCCAUGGAUAUUUAUUUGUUUUGUAUUGUACAAAAAAGAAUUUAUUUUCAUUAAAACUACUGGAGGAAUUAUGA